AUGCUGACAGUCGCGUCGUUCGUCACGUCGCUCGUGACGUCCGCGAUCAUCUUCCUCCUGCUCCUCACCCUCUUCUCCAUCCUCAUCCGCCGCCCCGCCAACUUCCCCAUCUACUUCCCCAAGCGCAUCCUCCGCGGGCACGGCCCUCCGCCGCUCGCGGAGAUCAGCGCGCUGGAGUGGCUCCAGCGCGUGCUGCGCUGCACGGAGCAGGACGUGGUUCACUCCGCGGGGCUGGAUGCCGCGGUGUAUCUGCGUAUACAGCGCAUGUGUCUGAUGAUCGUGCUAUGGCACGCCGCGUACUGCCUCCCCGUGCUCAUUCCGCUCUGCGCCACCGGCGGGUUUUACGAUUCGUUCAACGCGGGGCGGCCUCCUGCGGAGCAAAUCAAAUUCUCCGCGCUGGAUGCCAUUGCCAUGGGGAACGUGCCCGUGAGUGCUGCCUGCCGCUUGAAUCUACUUUCUGUGGUGUCUUUUGAGUCGGACGCUAAGGUACACUCAGACUCAGAUCCUCAUCUGCAGUUCUCCGCGCUGGAAGCCAUUGCCAUGGAGAAUGUGCCCCCCAACGACUCUCGCCUGUGGGCCUUCUUUGUGGGCGCGUACUGGUCCGCGCUGGGCACGCUGCUCAUUCUGCACCGCACGUACCGCCACGUCAGCAGCCUGCGCGCCAAGCAGAGGGAGGAGGACCCCGAGGUCCAGGUGGAGGAGUUUGCAGUGCUGCUGCGCAACAUCCCCCCGCACCGCUGUGCACCCAAGAACACCCCGCGCACGGUUCUGCAGCAGCUGGCAGCAGCACGCAGGCAGCUACUGCGCGCCAAGGCCACGUGGGUGCAAGCACAGAGAGACGCAGGCAGGGCAGAGGAACCUGCUGCAGGGGGGGUGAUGAUCACCCAUGGAGGGGGGAUUGCAGACAGACGGCGAGAGACAACAGGUGGGCUGAAGGGGGGAGCAGCAGGAGGCGCGGAGGAGGAGUGGGAGGCAGGAGAGUCGAGCGGCGCAGGGCCGGAGGUCCUGGUGGGGACAAGGGGGGUGGUGGGACGCGCGGAACGGCUAGGGUGGUGGCCUAAGGGGUGGGUGCGGCGGAGAGGCAGUGGUGGUGAUGGGGAUGGGGAUGGGGAAGGGGAGGGGCAUGCGGAGAUGGGCAGAGGGGGAAGCAUGGGGAGUAGUGGUGGUGGUGCUGCUGCUGGUGCUGCUGCUGGUGGUAGCGGUGGUGGUGGUGGUGGUUGGUGGGGGCGAGGGAAGGGGAGGGGAGAGGUGGAGAGGCCGCAGCAUCGGACGGGAUGGAUGGGUCUGUGGGGAAAGAAGGUAGAUUCGAUCCGGUUCUAUGAGGAAGUGGUGCGGUGCAAAGAGCGGGAGCUGAAGCACGCACAGAGAGAGGCGUGGGCUGGGAGCACUAGCCGCUGCAUAUCUGCUGGUGCUGGUGCUGCUGGUGCUGGUGCUGCUGCUGCUGGUGGUGGUGCUGGUGCUGCUGGUGCUACCGCUGCUGCUACUGGUGCUGGUGGAAAGGCUGGGCCUAUGUGGCAGAUGCGACUGAGGAGGAGGAGUGAGGAGGACGAGGAGGAAGAGAGGCAGGAGAGGCAGCAGCUUGUGUGCGCUUUGGAAGGCGAGGAGGCAUCACCACCGGGGGCAUGUGGGGGAGGUGGGGGAGGUGGAGGAGGUGGAGGAGGUGGAGGAGGAAGGGAAGGAACUGGAUAUGCAGCAAGGGGUACGGUUGACACUGCGGGAAGGCCAGGGAUUAUGGAAGGGACGGGUGGAAAAAGGGGCUUGGAAGGGAUUCAGGAAGAGGAAGGGGAGGAGGGUGAGGAGCAGGAGAGGGAGGAGGGGGGCAAAGGGGAGGAAGAAGAAGAGGAAGGGGAGGGAGAGGGUAACGAAGGUCGCAGCAAGGGAUCUCUAACCGGGCGUGUGGGGCGGAUGGCGAAGCGGCCAGCAGCAAGAGCAGUGUCAGCAGCAGCUGAGAAGCCGGUGGUGGGGGGUGUGGCGCGAGGAGUGCAGAGGAUGGUGAUGACGUCUGCGGGCGUUGUGGUGUUUGGGGAUCGUGUGAUGGCGGCAGUGGCGGCGCAGACUCUGCAUGCUGACAACGCCAUGCUGUGGCACACAGAGCCGGCCCCGGAGCCCAACGACGUGCUGUGGGACAGCAUCAGCAUCUCGCGAGUGUCGUGCGCCAUCAGGACCGCUGCCGUCUACGUCCUCGUCUUCCUCACCAUCUGCUUCUACAUGAUCCCCAUCGGCUUCAUAUCCAGCCUCACCACCCUGCAGAACCUGGAGAAGUCACUGCCGUUCCUCAAGCCCAUCGUGGAACAGCCUGUCCUGCGCACGUUCAUAGAGGCCUUCCUUCCGCAACUUGCGCUCAUCCUCUUCCUCGCGCUGCUCCCAAACCUCCUCCUCCGCCUCUCGCUCUUCGAAGGCCUGCCCUCGCGCUCCCACGCCAUCCGGGCAGCCUCGGGAAAAUAUUUCUACUUCACGGUUCUAAACGUGUUCAUCGGAACCACUCUCACAUCUGGCGUUUUCCAGGCGAUCAAGCAGAUCGUGGAUCAUCCAACGGCUGUGGUUGACUUGCUCGGAUCUUCCCUCCCGCAAGCCGCGACGUUUUUCAUCUCCUACAUCUCCCUGAAGUUUCUCGUAGGAGCCGGGCUCGAGCUUACGCGGCUCGUCCCGCUCGUGCUUUUCCACGCGCGGCGCCGGUUGCUCUGCCGCACGCAGCCGGAUCUGCGCGACGCGUGGAAGCCCGGCGAGCCGGACUACAAGAGCUUGCUCCCCGGAGACCUCCUAGUCGCGACGCUCGCGCUCUGCUACGCGGUGAUUUCGCCGCUGAUUCUCCCGUUCGCCGGCGCGUAUUUUCUCACGCAGUGGCUCGUUAUGAAGAACCAGCUCGUGCAGGUAUACGUUAACGAGUUCGAGAGCCGCGGAAGGAUUUUUCCGCACGCGUUGGCGCGCGUUCUGGCGGCGCUCGUGCUGUCGCAGCUCACGCUGAUUGGCUACUUCGGAGUGAAGCAGUUCCCCGCGACGCCCGCGCUCAUCCCGCUGCUGCUCAUCUCCGUGAUUCACGCUGUCUACAUGCACCGGCGCUUCCACGCGUCCUUCGCGCGCCCGUCGCUGCAGCAGGCGAGUCGCGCCGGCGCGCCGCCGGUGCCGCCUCCCCCGGAAGAGGACAAGAUCAGGGAGGCGUAUCUGCCGGAGGAGAUGCGGCGCGUGCAGAAGCAGAGGGAGUGGGAGGAGGAGGUGUGCCGGGUGCUGCCUGGGGAGCCUGUCAUAGAGCGAGGGAGAUUGUCACGUGGCAAGGAGGGAUUCGGCAAGGACGAGGAAGAUCUUUGCUGA